CGCGUUUAAGGUCCCUCCCUCCCAUAAGUGAGUGACAUCGUGCGUCUUCAUCUUGUUCCUUAAUUCAAUUCAAUUGCAUAGGGUUUACAGAGUUGAAUUCCUGAGUGACCUUGCGUGUUAGAUUAGAUCCACUAAUUAUUGUUUCAUUUUGUUAAUUCUUCUAAUUCUACUCUAAGAUCGCAAUUCCUCUCAAGUUUCCGUUCGCCAAUUUACGAAAUCGAACGAUAUUUCUCCCUCUGAACGAUCCAAUUCUAUUCCCCGUUCCUUGAUCGAUUCCAACUGUCAUUAUAAGGUGCAGUUGGAAAGGUCUUAACAAUGGCAACCACUGCUUGUUUCAUCAUUGUUAGCAGAAAUGAUAUUCCUAUAUAUGAAGCUGAAGUUGGAGUAGCUGCUAAAAGGGAGGAUGCUGCUCAGCUGCAUCAAUUUAUCCUGCAUGCUGCUCUUGAUGUUGUACAGGACCUUGCAUGGACUACUAGUGCUAUGUACUUGAAAUCGGUAGAUAGGUUUAAUGAACUUGUGGUGUCCGUGUAUGUCACAGCUGGUCAUACCCGAUUAAUGUUGCUUCACGACUCUCGUAAUGACGAUGGCAUUAAGAGCUUCUUCCAAGAGGUGCACGAGCUUUACAUAAAGACUCUUCUUAAUCCUCUAUACUUGCCUGGCUCCCGAAUCACAUCAUCACAUUUUGAUACAAAAGUCCGUGCCCUUGCAAGAAAGUAUUUGUAGAAACUACUAGUCUGUUCUUGAUGCUCUGCGGUUGACAAGUUGCUUGUUCAUAAUGCAUUGAGACCCUUAGUCCUACCUUCUUAGUUCUUGAUUAGCUUUGAAAAGCUUUUUUCUCCCUCAAUAUUUCACAGCAAGGGUAGAUGAACUGUUGUCUAUAGUAUUGUGUACUCUGGUCAUUAGCAGAAGGCCAUGUUUGGAAGGUCAUAUGUUGACAAAAGCUGUUCCAUUCCUAGUGCUCCAAUUUGUAAUACUUACUGAUCUUGUUCUUGAUGGUCAACUAUUUGAUUUUAAGUGGCAAAGAAUGAUUGUUUCCACCCAUUGGGCUUCAA